GGCUGCUGCUUCUUCUGCUGCUGCAGCGUUCCCAACGAGGGCGCAGCUUGAGCGAGUCACACGCUGCACACAUCCCCGCGCGCUGGAGAGCGAGAGGGCGAGAAGAGCGCGCGCAGGGGAAGGAAGGAAGCGGCCAGAGAGAGGCGGCUGAGGGGAAAGGCGCUCCUGAGGAGCGAGCAGCCGCUUGCGCGGGCCAGCGUUGGCACUUCCCUGAGAGCGAGGCGGGGAGACGGUUCGCAGCCGCUGCGUCUCCUCCUCCUCCCUCCUCUUCUCUCAGGGAAGAGGGAGGGGCGCACGGAAGGCCCCCCCCCCGGUCUCUCCUUCUCCUCGCCCCUCGCCCACCCGCGGCGCUGCUAAGAUGCACCUUGGGCGCUGCGCGGUUGCAGCUGAGCAGCGAUGACAUAUCCUUCCUCCGACCUCACCAUGGACAGCUUCGACCUGGCUCUCCUGCAGGAAUGGGACCUGGACUCCCUCUGUGUCUAUGACCCUGACAGAAAUAUGCUGCGUAGGAAAGAAUGGGAAAGGAGAAACCAGGAGACCCAGCACGAAGAUGCCAUAUUUAAUAACAGUUACUCCCUCUUCAGUGAGCCAUACAAGACUAACAAAGGGGACGAGCUCUCCAGCCGUAUCCAGAAUACCCUGGGCAACUACGAUGAGAUGAAAGAACUGCUGACUGAUCGAUCCAAUCAAAGCCACCUUGUUGGUGUUCCAAAGCCGUGUAUCUCACAAACGUCUGUGAACAAAGCUGAGGAACACUUCAUUGCUGACACAAAGCCCCACACUCACGCUUCUCCAUCUUCCUUACCAGCGGCACUUUCUGGGCAGUUGAGCAAGAACACUGCAAUGGGUUGGCAGAAGUCUGGGCACACUCUGGAGAACCAGCAAAGAGGAAGCAAACAUAGACAUGGAUUGCUGGAUUCACACAAUAACGACUUUAAAACGGUUAGCCAAAAGAACAGUUUAGAAAAGAUUACACAUUAUGCAUCCAAUCCCUCAUCACCAUCUCCGUCGAGUGUUGCCCAAGGUCCUUUAUCGUCUUCACUUGGGGACAACAGCAGAACACAACAGCAGCCGUCAAAACUGAGUUUUGGUGGAGAAGGUGGAGCUCAGGCUCAGGAGAGGCCAGCUAUGCAUAGCAAUGGGCACUGUGUGCAGAACUUUCCUCCUUCUCUUGCUUCGAAGCCCAGUAUAGUUCAGCAGAAACCAACAGCAUAUGUAAGGCCAAUGGAUGGUCAAGAUCAAGCUCCUGAGGAGUCUCCAAGAUUGAAGGUGCCAGCUGAAACUAGCCUGCUCUGCACCUCAUAUAGAGGAAUUCCUUCUGCCAAAGCUGACUCAGCUAGGACAAAGUCAAAACUGACAAAAUUUAAUAUUCCCAAACAAGAAGAGGACAAUGGGGGAGGAGAUGACAGCUGCGUUGAAGAAAUUUUACGGGAAAUGACCCAUUCAUGGCCUCCGCCACUUUCUGCUAUUCACACACCUGGCAAAGUGGAACAAAACAAGUUUCCUUUCACCAACAAGGACUCCCAGCAACAUGUCUCUAUGGGGCACAGCAAUCAAAGAAAAGGUGAUGUUGAAUCAAAGAAUCCAGAAAACAGUACAUCACAUACAUCGAUGUUAGAAGAUGACCUCAAGUUGAGCAGUGAUGAAGAGGAGAACGACCAGCAGGCAGCACAGAGAUCUGCUCUCCGGGUUCUAUCCGACAGCACCACUGUGCAGCAGUCCAGCUGCAGGAUCUCGGGGAUCACCAACAAGUGCUCGAGCAGCAGCAGCUCCAGUGAAUCUGAGAGCAGUUCAGAAUCCGACUCAGAGAGUGAAAGCAGUUCUACCGAGAGCGACAGCAAGAAGCCCUCUCAUUACUCCAGCCCAGAGCCUGAACAGCCAUCGUCAAACAAGUGGCAGCUGGAUAAAUGGUUAAAUAAGGUGACUUCACACAAAGCACCUAUUCUGAACCAAAACGGACUGGAGCUCUUUCAGUGUUACAGCAAAGGGAAAGAUGAAGGGCAAGACUGCGAACAUUUACCCCCCAUUUGCCAAACCAGUCUCAGAGAUAAAGAGGUUAAGAAUCCCAGCAAGGAGGAGCUGAGGCCUAGGACAGCUAACAAAGCCCCGGGGCAUAAAGGAGGGAAGCAGAAAUCGCCUCCUUUGGCUGCUGCCAUUUCUGGAGAUAGUGGUCCUCUGAGGAGGACAGCCUGCAAAAAACAGCCGAGAAGGACGGAGAGGACCUCUGGUGGUGAUAUCUUAAAUGGCCAUGCAGCUGAUGAUCUUGACUUGAACCAAGUACUUUUGGAAAACAAUAGCACAUGUGAACAACCUAAAACCAGGCCGUGCAACAACAAAGUUGAGCACAGGAAGGAAACACGUGCUGCCUGUGAAAAGAGGCGUACAAGGGGGUCAGGUAAAACAGCACCCAAAUCCAAGGAAUUUAUCGAGACAGAUUCUUCGUCUUCAACGUCCUCAGAUACAGAUUCUCAGUCAGAACAAGAGGAUUACCCUUUACACAAGCCUCAGACUGUGAUCUCAGCAUCAGUUGGAAGUGACCAGAAGCUGAAGGACCCUGGGAAUAAUAAUAAUACCAACAAAGCAAACAGCAGUUGCAGUGCCUUUGGUUCAGUUAACACCAGGACUAGUAGCGAUAUAGCAAAGGAACUGGAAGAGCAGUUUUACACCCUGGUUCCAUUCGGUCGGAACGAGCUCCUAUCUCCCCUGAAAGACACAGACGAAGUGAAAGCACUUUGGGUCAAAAUUGAUUUGACUCUUUUGACCAGAAUUCCACAGCACUUACCUGAGGAGCCGUUGCAAAUUAAUGCUGGAGUUAAAGAAGCAAUCAGUAUGCAGCACAACAUUGUUACUGAUCUGCCAGCGGAAAAGGUCAUCCCCAAAUCUAGAAGGAAACGCAAGUAUGAAAACGAGGAAGAAAACAGGGAGAGCAAGAAGAUUCACACUGAGCAAGAGUGCUCUUCACAUUUACUUGCUUCAGCCCAAGUUGCUUCCGCAUCAAAUAACUGUAAUAUGAUUAAAAACAGCUUGGCAACACCAAUAAAUAAAAAUGAGAGAAUGCUUCGGUCGCCUGUUUCACCCAUCUCUGAUGCAUCAAAGCACAAAUUCCCUAGUGAUGAUCUAACUUCUUCUAGCAAGCCUCAUGGUGGCAACCUAUUUUCUUCCAUAUCCUCAAUAAAAAAACACAAGAAUGAGAGUCGAUCCCACCUGCACCAAGGAGAUUUCAAUAAAGCAAUGUACAUCAAUUCGGAAAAUUCUGUACUCUGUAGCAAGGCACAUUGCCAAAAGGAGCCCUGGUCACCUGUAUCUAUUAUGCACAAAGACUGUAGAAGAACAAAGCUUAUCUUCAAUGAUGGGCCACACAAUGUGGAACACUUUAUGCAAGAAGCUAAAAGGAAGAAGCAUAAAGCGGAUGCGAUGGUGGAGAAAUUUGGCAAGGCAUUAAAUUAUGCUGAAGCUGCACUAUCCUUUAUUGAAUGUGGAAAUGCUAUGGAACAAGGACCCAUGGAAUCCAAAUCCCCCUACACAAUGUAUUCAGAAACAGUUGAACUUAUUAGGUACGCUGUGAGGCUAAAACCCCACUCAGGCCCUAAUGCUAUUCCAGAAGAAAAACAGUUAACGACAUUAUGUUACCGCUGCCUGGCACUUCUAUAUUGGAGAAUGUUUCGACUCAAAAGAGACCAUGCUGUAAAAUAUUCAAAAGCACUUAUUGAGUAUUUCAAGAAUUCAUCUAAAGUUGCUCAAGCACCAUCUCCCUGGGGUGCCAGUGGAAAGUAUACGGGAACACCCUCACCAGUUUCACCCAGCCCAUCUCCUGUGAGUUCUGUAGGGUCCCAGGGAAGCACUAGAGCCCCCUCGCCCUCCUCCAUCAUCAGCAUUCCACAACGGAUUCACCAGAUGGCAGCCAAUCAUGUUAGCAUCACCAACAGCAUCUUGCACAGUUAUGACUACUGGGAGAUGGCUGACAAUCUUGCCAAGGAAAACCAAGAUUUCUUUAAUGAUUUGGAUGUACUGAUGGGACCUGUCACCUUGCACAGCAGUAUGGAACACCUGGUGCAAUAUACCCAGCAAGGACUCCACUGGAUAAGGAACAGUGCUCAGUUGUCAUAAUAACUGUGGCAUUCAUCUGGACACUAGACUCUCCCACAGACAAUUCAAUUAUUCUAGACACUGUGCUACAGAAAUACGCAACCACAGCAUUGCUUCAAACAAAUGUGAACCUUUCUUUAACACGGAACAAUAUUUUUUUCCCCAGAGUACAGAAAUAGGUGUGUAUGUAUAUUAUGCAAUGUUUGUCUCUUCCGAUGUGUUAUACUUUAAUAGUCUCCAAAUAUCACUUCUGUAAAGAAGAAAACUAAACAUAGGUGUGUUAGAACAAACCCUCUCACAUACACACGCACACACACACACACACACACACACACACACGCACACACAAUCCUCCAGUAGAAAACUAUGGCUUGAUUUAUCCAGGUAUAAUAAACAUUACAUCUUAUUCAGAAAAGUCUUUUCUAUGUGAUAUUAAGUGUGCUCAUAAAUCUCUGCUUACCUUUUCUGAAAAGAUGUGGUUUCGUAAACUAGGCCAAGUGCAGUUUCAUAGGCAUAUUUGCUCUAUCAUGAACUAUGUUUAUUCUGUGAUUUACAUUUUAACAGAAAUGACCAAUUUCUGUUCCUUGGAAGCUCUUCCGUUUGCCAGACAAUAGUCUGGAUACCAGUUUGCAUGGAAACAGACAUUUAUCGCUCCCCGCCAGGGCCAGCCCCUCAUGAGGCAGGGUCCACCUGGUGCAGCAGAUCUUUCUUCUCCUCCCCCACCUUUGUUCCUGAUGUAGAUCUACCCUGACCCCCUUCUUCCUUUGUGUGUGGGGGGAGCACCGGGGUCACCAUUUGGGGAUCUGCCUCAAGUGCCAAAAUGUCUUGGACCAGCCCUGCUGGUUAGGAUCCAUAUACGUUAGCAUUUAGCAGUAAGGGUUUCCUAGUUACAGAACAUCUGCAGUCAGACACAACAGCAUAUACAGUAAACCUACGUAAUCAGAAUGAUGCCAUAUUAAAGUGUGAAACAUGUUUAUUACUUAGCAAUCUGAAAAAAUGGGUUCCUUCUUUUUUGAAUGAAACUGAGGAUAAACUUUUUUAUCAUACCUUGAUUCGAAUAUUGUGGGGUCAUUAGUGGCCCGAUCAAGUUCACAAGCUUCUAAUUGGCUACCCAGUUAGAAGAAUAUUCAUUUCAUAAGGCCUGCUAUGUUUUGUGGCUAUAAAAAAAACACUAGAUUACAUAUAGAAUUUAAUAUUUGGUUUUCAAAUUAUAUUUGUUUUCAGAAAGCCAUUUAUACAUAUGCAUAUACUAUACUAGGGAACAGUCUUUAAAAAUGGUAGAGGGUGGUGGAAUAAUGAAAUAGAAUGUAAUGGUAUUGAGGAAAGGUUCCCCCCCCCCAAUGGCGACAUUUCAAAACAAAUUGUAGCUGACUCCACCAAUAAUGCUGCAAAACCAGUGCAUAAACAUACACACACAUUCUGAUAAGCAUUUUAGCAAUGCAGCAUCUUACCAAUUUUUUUCUAGUUCAAAUUUAAUUACAUUCAAUUCUGUUUAUGUGCAAAGCUUGGCUUGCUGCCUUCUGUACUAAAAAUAAUCUGUUAUUUUCUUCUAUACCUGUGCUUUUUAUUAUUCCAUAUUUAUAAAUUGUCUUCAGUGCCUGCUGACCAAGAAAACAAAUCUAGCAAUAAUCAGAUUCAAUUUCAGUCUGAGAAAGCUGCACCAACUGUCUUGUCCAUUUUAUACAUGAUUCUUUUUUUAAAAAGAAAACAAGAAAGUGUUUUGUGGAGCCUUUAAAUAUUCACAAAUGUAUUGUGGCACAAAUUUUCAUGGGCCAGAGUCCAUUUUGUCAGAUGCAUGGAAUGCUCACCUGAAUACAGUAGACAAAUAUACACACAUACAAUAUAUACACAUACACACAAUGGGUACAGAGAAUGGAAGAAUUCCCUCUUACCCACCCAAUGAUUAGGAAGUGAUAACGUAUAAGAAUUUCACUAUGUUUCUGAGGACAAAUGAAUACAGAAUCUUAUUUAAUAAUUUCAUUUUUGUUUUUUGAUCAAUCUUAAUUGUUCAGCAUUUAUAUCCUGGAAUGUUCAGUACUUAUUUUGCAUCCCAUUCUGAAUCACAUAAUACGUUUAGUCAUUUCAUUAACGUUACUUAGAUUACUCAGUGCUGACUUCGGAAAAAUGAAUUUAUAAUUCAGUUGAUACUGAAUGUGUUACUUGAGGAGGGCCUCAGGGUUUUUUGUUUUUUAAAAAAAUAACAUAAAUGCAACAUACAGUGGAACCUCGGUUUAUGAACACUUCGGUUUAUGAAUUUUUGGUUUAUGAACACCGCAGACCCAUCCGGAACGGAUUAAUUCACUUUCCAUUACUUUUAAUGGGAAAGUUCGUUUCAGUUUAUGAACGCUUCAGUUUAUGAACAGACUUCCGGAACCAAUUACACCCAUGUUUCAGUUUAUGAACGCUUCAGUUUAAGUACUCCGCGGACCCGUCUGGAACGGAUUAAUCCACUUUCCAUUACUUUCAAUGGGAAAGUUCGCUUCAGUUUAUGAACGGUUACUCUGCGGACCGUCUGGAACGGAUUAAUCCACUUUCCAUUACUUUCAAUGGGAAAGUUCGCUUCAGUUUAUGAACGGUUACUCUGCGGACCGUCUGGAACGGAUUAAUCCACUUUCCAUUACUUUCAAUGGGAAAGUUCGCUUCAGUUUAUGAAUGCUUCAGUUUAUGAACAGACUUCCGGAACCAAUUGUGUUCAUAAACCGAGGUACCACUGUACAUACAAACAAACGAAGCCAGAUCUUCGUUUACUGAUUUUGGCAUUGCAGUUUUCAGUACUAAAGAUGCAAGACAAAUUUCAAACUAAACAACUCAUCUCUUCAGAAGUGAACAUGGCCAACAAAUUAAGGGUGCAAUCCUAAACACACUUUUUCUAGGGAGUAAGCACAAUUGAACACUCUGUGGUUUGUUUCCAGGUAAACACGCACAUGACUGCUCUGUAAGUUCCAAUAAUAAUCACAAAUAUCACGUGUGUACAUACCAUAGUUUUUUAGACUGAUAAAAUUACUGUUUUCAGAACCAUUUAAGGGAGUGUUGACCCUGAAAAUGCCGCAAAUAAAUAUUUUGGCAUUAUAUUAUAUAAAAAAGAUAGGAAAUAAUGCUAACUGUUGAAUACUGGGGCAGGCAGAUGGGUGGUGGAAAUGAAAGAAAUUGAACAAAUACCGUAGGUUACAAACACAGUGAAUGUCCCUAUAAUCUGUGUGAGGCAGCUAUCACAGAAUAAGGGACAAGUUCCUGAGUUUCUACCAGUAGCCCCAAAACACUGAUAAGAAGGGUUUAAAACGAUGGGUGCUUACUAUGAUAGCAAGUCUAAUUAUUGCAUAUUUAUUUUUGUUUGCAUGUUCUUUGCUUAUGAAAUACAUGGGAGUGCUAUGAACACAUACCCGUGCAUCUAGAAUUCCUACUCAGGAUGCUGGCAUUCCCACCCCCCCCCAAAGCAUCCUAGAAUCCAUCUGGAUGAGUACAAUGUGUUCCUAUAAAUUCUACAGGAUUUUUAGGGGGUUUUGUUUGUUCAUUAGCAUACAACUGUGUACACCUGCUGUAGGAACUUAAUAAGGCACCACACCUGCGUUGCAUGGGAUCAAAGUAAGAACAUAAAUAGGUGUAGAUAAUUUAUAAAAGUCAUCAGUUUAAAGAAGAAGAAUUGCCUUACAUACUAAGAGAGCAGUAUUCUAGGUUCAUGUAAUUUCUGAGCAGAGUCUUUGAUUACUUAUACUGGUGCAAUCCCAUGGACUUCUUCAUUACAGUGGUCCCUCGACAUACAAAUUUAAUCCUUUCUGAACGGACCUUCGUAAGUCGAAAAAAUCGUGAGUAGAAGUCAAUGGGGGGAUAUUUGUAGGUCGAAAAAAUCCUAUCUAAAAAUUCGUAAGUCCAAAAAAACCUAUCUAAACCGCAUUCAAAAUGGCGGACGGAGCUCCAUUCAUAACUCAAAACAUUCGUACGUUGAGUUAUUCGUAAGUCGAGGUACCACUGUAUAUGGAUUUAUGGGCAAUGAGAUGACACCAAUUUAAAAUAGCAAUGAAUUUCUAGUGUGUAAAGCUUGAAAUAGUUUGCCUUUGGAACUUUACAUUAGCAUUCAGAUGUAAAUUUCCACCAAUUGCACAGGAUUUUUAUAUAGCCAGAUUUUUAUUUUUAUUUUCUUAAUGAGGGCAAAUAUUCAGGCCUUAGUUUGUACUUAAUGCAUCUAUCCACAAGACUGCAAUUGACAUGAGCGAUACAUUUCCCUCCACUUUUGGGCCGCAAUUUUUAAACAAAACCAGGGUUCACAAACCUACUUGGAUUAAACGUGUCUCUCUCUGCUAGUGGAAAGGAACUUUGUUGCUGAUGGACACUUGUGGUCACUAGAACGCCAGUUCAGCCAGGAGAACUAAGCAACACCUCUGCUCAGUCCAACCUGUUCUGUGUGUUUAGGAUUGUGGUCUAAAUGAUCAAUAGUAGCAAACAAUCACAACUGGAUUUCACAAAAUCAUCAUCUUCUUUUUGUGCAACCAAAAAACAUUUUAAUGAAAUCUUGUUAAAUAAUAAUUAUAUUUCAACCCAUAAUCCAAGACAAUGUGACAUUUUAUUUCUGCACAUCUUAACAUAGAAGAUAAAAAAAACUAUUGGAAAAAAAAAUAUCUUUACAAGUGAAACACCCACAGACUAUUUUGUGUGGUGAGGUAACCAUUUGCUGUAUGGUCAGUCUCAGUGUUGCACAUCUAGCCAUGUGAGAUACCACCUGUUGGUAUCAUGUGAUGAGGAAAAAUUUUCUUAGUCCCUGCUACCAAUGGGAAAUGAGGGCAAGAUGCCUGGCCGUUUGGUUUCCCAUAAGCCAAAUCCUGUGUGGUGAUAGAUUUCUAUGAACAGUACAUCUUGGGCAGGUUGUUGGGUUUUUUUACUGGCUUUUUUAUUUCUGCAUUCCCAUAUUUACUUAUUUUGUGCCUUUGCAAAUCACUUCUAUAUUAACUUGAAUAAGUAACAUUACUACAUGCAAGCUUUCCUAGUUGUAUUUCAAGUAUCCACCACAUGACUAGCAGUUGUAUGAAGCGGCCACAAAUAUAGGAGUAUGUCUGAUGCAGGUUCACUCAAGAUGCUCAUGUAGGCCCACCAAUCCUUUGGCAAGUCCUUGCCAUGGGUAAAUAUCACUUGAACCUGGCGGUCACAGAUAUGGCAGGCCAGAAUUCACAUUUUUCCAGAGGCCACAAUUGCAGGCAUUGUGGCCAACUACGUAUUGGACAGCCCACCUGGUAAUAUGUUAGCAUUAUCCAUCAGUUGCAAAUGUGCCCCAGAUUAUACUCAUUCAUUUUUGUGUAUGUCAGUAAUUCUGCUGUAUGCCAGUGCAGAGGGGGCAGUUUCCACUAUACAGUAUUGGCAACCUUUAGGAAAUUCCUGCUAGGACUUAAUGUAGUCAUGUUGUAAUGAUCUGUUUCCAUUCCUCUCACGCUCCUUAACAUAGAACUCGAUUAGUCCAUAGUUACAGGGUUGUUUCUCUAGGUGCCAGCAUUGUUUUGAAAAAACAGGAAAGGCGAUAGAGUGCUAUCUAUAAGUCUGGCACCUUUCUGCUAGCAUUUACACUGUCUCAAUACAGUUCUUCUGUGUAUGUCAUUACAAUGGCAUGUUUUUAUUGUUUACACUCACUGAGCAACUUAAGAAACGGAAGUAUUCUGUACAGUAAUUUAUGCUCUAAAGUGUGUGUGUGUGUAUGUAUAUAUGUAUGUAUGUAUAUGUAUAUAUAUAUUGAAAUGUUUGAAGUUAUUAAUUUAUUGAAUCAGUUGGCAUUUCCUCCCCAGUCUCCAAGGGUGCUUCAGAAAAGAACAGCAAUAUCAAGGAGCCCAGGGAAUUGUCUUUUGGUCUGUCAAGCUCACUCUCAUUUACACUGACAAGCAGCAGCUCUCCAGGGUUUUAGACAAGGGGGUCUCUCCCAGUCCUGCCUGGAAAUAUCAGGAACUGAAAUUUGGACCUACUGCAUCCUGAGUUAUGACUCUCCCCCCAGCUCUACAUCAUGGGCAACUUGCUUCGACCUAACUUUCCAAAACACCCUUCCAAUUGCAAAUAACUUUCUUCUUAGACAAUACUAAUCUUGAGGCUAUGGCUGCUGCGUUUUGAUCACUUUGCGGUGAAUUAUUUAUGCCAAACCUAUUAUCAAUUUAAUUAGAAGUAGCAAUGUCAGAGUGUCAAUCCAAGCAAUACAUAGCGAAUUAGGAAGGGGAGUAACAUUAAUUCUUUAUAACAACAUAACCACAAAACAUGCACGAUACGUGACAAGAACGAACUGCAAAGUGCUUUUCCAUUUUGCCUUUUUGAGACCAAAAACAGGAAGCCAAUCAAAAUACUAAGCCGAUCUGCAGCAAGUCUGUCUCAAUUCCUUCCUCAAGCAAUAUAGCUGGAGCUGUCCAUUUGUUGAUGAUAAUGAAUGCAGGUGUGUUCUUAAUCUUGCGGGGUUAAUUCACAUGCUGUUUGUACCAGUGUAUAUUCACGUCGUUAGAACUGCAUCAAUGUGAGUGGUUUGUCAUUUCCUGAGAGUUUUGUCUCAGCCAAGCAUGUGACUGAUGGAGUGAAUAGCGUGCUUAUGUACUAUUUGAACUUGAUGGUCUCCCAAAUUUUGAAAUAGGAACCGCAGGAUGUGCAAGCAACGUCUGUAUUAUUCUGACUCCUAGAAUAUCAAACUACUUGACAUAGCUCAGCAGAUAACAUUUAUUCAAUGCCAUGUUUGCAAAUAAAAUAUUAAAUCCUUUGGCCCCACUAAAUCAUAAAGAGAAUAAUGUGAGAGGUUUGUUUGUUUAUAGCUCUUUUACAUAGCUCUUUUACAUAGUUAAAAUUCAUGUGUAUAAAGUGAUGAAAUAUUAUUGACAAAUUGUUUUGCUGUUUGGAGGUUUUGCUGUUUCUACCAUUCAUACAAAACUCAUGUAGCACAGUUCCUGGAAUGGUGAAAAACCCUACUGUAAUGUUACAGAAUGAGCCUUAAGGAUUUGUUUUUGUUUUGUUUUUUAAAAAAGCACUUUUAUAUUAUAAAUAUUAAUUCAUCAAUAAGAUUACUUUUUUAAUGUGAAAAUAAACCAUGAACUCGACACCCUUAACAUCUCAAUUUUGUCUCAUCUGAGUCUUUUUGGGAAACGUUUAAAGCUGCCAUUAUUUUAGCAGUACAUGUUUCGAAACCAUAGGACCAAUCCUCACACUCCAGAUGAGGAUGAAGUGAUCUCAAAUUACUUUACAUUAAAGAGAAACUGUCCAGUUCUGGGAGAGCUCAGAGCUCACAGGAGAAGCCCUGCAAUGUCCCAUCAAGGAAGGAAUUCCAGGCAAGAGUGGAGCUCAAGACAAGAUCAUAAUGUGAAGGACCUUGACAAGCUCUGCAGAGGCAGAUAUGCAAGCUGUUGCCUCU